AUGGCUCGUCUUCGUCUAUUCCUUCUCGCCAUCAUCGUCAGCUGCGUAGGCCUCGCCUUUGUGCAAGCCUGUGAGGAGGCAUGUCGUGGAGAUCCCGUCGAAUUCCUCACAAAGAAGUACGAAGCAAUACUAGAGCACCAGGCAGCAAAGCUCACAGGCGUCAACGCCGCUAACGCUAAGAAGCUGAUUAAGCCCACAGUUAGCAAACUCAUCGGACGGCACAAUGUCAUCGAUAAGGCUAUCUUUGACAAGUUCCGUGGCAACUGCCCCGCCAAACCAGGGCAGCGAAGUCCCGAUGAGUUUUGCGGAUCUGCGAAAUCGAUUGCCUGCUUUGCAGCUUGGGGUCAUAAGGAUAGCGUCUUUGAUCUUGUCCAUGCUAAGGUUGUGGAGUCUGUGAGGAACUCUUAUAGGAAGCAGUCGAGAGAGGUCAGGAUUGUCAUGGUCAAUGGGCUGGACAAGUUUUGUCCUGUGAACUGCAUGAAGGACUGGAUCGAGCCGUAA